AUGGAUAUUGAAAAAAGGAAAGAAGAACUUGAGUGUCCCAAUUUAGGAAUUGAGAGAAAAUAUGAAGAGAUAUUUGUACAAGUGAAGAAGUUAUUGGUAUUGGCUGGGCCUUUGAUGUUAGUUAAUAUUUUGUUAUAUUCCUUACAAGUUAUCUCUGUUAUGUUUGUUGGUCAUCAAGGAGAGUUAGCUCUUUCUGGUGCUUCAAUGGCUACUUCCUUUGCCUUUGUCACCGGCUUCGGCUUGUUGAUGGGAAUGGGAAGUGCAUUGGAAACACUAUGUGGUCAAUCAUAUGGUGCAAAUCAAUAUCAUAUGCUUGGUAUUCAUAUGCAAAGGGCAAUGUUUGUUAAUCUUUUGGUUAGCAUACCACUUGCUUGUGUUUGGGCUAAUGCAGGGCGUAUUCUUGUAAUAUUGAGACAAGAUCCAGAAAUAGCAGCUGAAGCAGGAAUUUAUGCACGAUUCAUGAUACCGAGCAUCUUUGCAUAUGGACUACUCGAAUGCCAGAUUAGGUUUCUACAAGCUCAAAACAAUGUUGUACCUAUGAUGCUUACUGCAGGAGGCACCGCGUUGCUGCAUGUUUUUGGUUGUUGGAUUCUUGUACUCAAAUCAGGGCUUGGAAGCAGAGGAGCUGCUCUGGCUAAUGCUACGUCUUACUGGAUUAACGUGUUCUCUUUAGUUGCGUAUAUUAAGAUCUCACCUUCCUUCAAAAGUACUUGGACCGGUUUCUCAACUGAAGCAUUUUCUGAUAUCCCGAGAUAUCUUAAACUAGCAAUUCCCUCCGCUGUUAUGAUAUGCUUGGAGAUAUGGUCGUUUGAAAUGAUGGUUCUGUUGUCUGGUCUUCUUCCUAAUCCAAAACUAGAAACCUCAGUUCUUUCCAUCAGCCUUAAUACAUCUGCUAUGGUACAUAUGUUGCCUCAAGGACUAGGUGGAGCUACAAGCGUAAGAGUUUCCAACGAAUUGGGAGCUGGACGACCAAAAACAGCUCGUCUUGUAGCACGUACUGCAACAGUUUUAGCUACUACAGAAGGCAUUCUAGUAGCUAUUGUCAUGGUUUCGAUUCGUAAAGUCUGGGGCCAUUGCUAUAGCAAUGAAGAUGAAAUAGUGAAAUAUGUUGGGAAAAUGUGUUUCUUUUUAGCAGGAUCUCACUUCUUAGAUGCACAUCAAUCUAUAUUUUCAGGUAUUGCUAGAGGAUGUGGGUGGCAAAAGAUAGGUGCAUAUGUUAAUUUGGGUGCCUUUUAUCUGUGGGGAAUACCAAUUGGUAUUGUGUUAGCUUUUGUAUACCAUUUUGGAGGAAAGGGACUUUGGUUGGGAAUCAUUCUGGCCAUUUCUGCUCAAGUUGUGAUUUAUUCUGUUGUUAUUCUGAGAACAAAUUGGGAUAAACAGGUAAAGAAAGCAGCAGUUAGGGUGACUCAAGCAUAA